UCACUUGUAAAACUUUUGGAAUCGAUAUUGUAAUUUUUUAACAUAAAUUGAAGUUAUUGAAAUGUUCAUUACUCAGUACUAACUAUAAAUUUAGCUCCUUUCCCUAGCCGCAUUAGCUAUUUACCAUAAAUAUAUGACACUGCUGAUGUACAUACGUAUAGUAUCUACUUACAUUUCAAAAGUUCACUCAAUUUGAAAUUGCCUUUUGCUAUCGAGUUCUAAAUAAGCAUGAGACGUUAAAGCCCAUUGUCUUCGCUCCACCUCGAUAUUCCCAUGAAUGAAUCGUGUUCGCCGUUCACCGAGGUCACGAUUUUUUUACCUUGUGUGAUGUAAUGUCUCCGCGGUUUAUUCGGCAGUCUUAUUUAGAUCACAUUACUAUACGUUUCUUUUUUUUAUGAAAACUCGAUAUAAUACCUAAGUUAUUUAAAUAAUUCCCGCGCUAAUAAUAGCUCGUGAAGAUAAUAUUGAGCAUGCGUAUUAAGAAUUAUCUUGAAAAUCGUGACGCGCGUCUCAAUUCCAUCCCAGUGCACGCAUCGACUCCGUUUAUUUACGCCUGUGUUGAUCGUCAUGUGAACUGAACCUAUUUUUGAAGUUAACCUCACAUCUUUACAUUUAAACAAAGGUGAAUCAUAGUGUGUUUCAAGUUGUGGUAAGAAGAAAAACGUUUAUAAUCAGUGUCAACUAUCUGACAAUGAAUAUUUAACUCGACUAAAUACGUAUAAAGUCAAUAAGAAAAUGGAAAUAGUGAAGGUGUCGAUAAUAUAAAAUGGAAAAUUGUUUCGCUGCUUGCGGUUGUGAUGACUUUGAAGGAGUGACCAAAGCAGAUUUAGAUCGUUUUACAGAUAAAAUAGAAAAUGUACUCAACGACGAGAAAGGGCGAAAGUUUUUUAGAAACUUUAUGUUUACAUCAAAAAUGAAAGAUGGAAGAAAAGUCUUGGAUUUCUGGGAACACACGGAGAGGCUGUUAAAUUACAGAGGUAGUACAGAAAAUAUAUCUUACCGCAGUUACCUUAGAGAUAUCGAUCGCUUGAUUGAUGAAGCGGAAAGAAUAGACGAAUUGGAUUUUGCUACAAUGGAAAGAUUGGCGACAGCCAGAGAAUCGGAAAAUCAAGAGGAAAUCGUCGAAAUACUACGCGUUUUAAAAUCUGAAGCCACCAAAGCGCUGAGAAGAGAAUAUAAUGCAUUCAGAAGACAGUUUAUUUCAAAAUGAAAGCACACUUAAAUUAAGAAAAUUUAUUAAAUUUGCCCUAAGAGUGCCAGUUUCAUUGAGUUUUUAAAAUUGGCGCCAUUUUAUUAGUGUUGCACUUUGAGCUUUGUAGGCACUUUAUAUAUUUUGUGCCUUAUGAAAAAAUGAUCUAGGGUAACCUAUUGUCAACACAAAGUGGUUUCAUUUAAGAGGGAGGUACAUACCUAAAU